AGUCUAUGAACACAGCCCUGAUUCACUUUGUCAGUAUCGUCUUGUUACCCUCACACACUCAAAUAACAUGAGCUUGGACGGCUUCCAGAAGGCUCUAGCGGACCUUCAGGCCCACUGCUCCAAGCUGCUCGGUAACCUCACCCAUCUCCCAUCUCACUGCAGCUCAUUUCCAGCCCUUCACACCAGCCCGCCCUGGGCUCGGAUAGCCCCAACGGGCCGGAGCAGGCCCAUGUCGGUCGAGGCAAUCGAGGAGCGCUUGGAGGGCAUACCCGUUUACGCCCUCAGCAACGCUUCGGAGGAGUUUCUCUUGGUCUCGGGCUCUUCAACUGGAAAAAACCUUGGUCUCUUCUGCUUUAACAAGGACGAUGCCGAAGCGCUCCUCAGCCAGGUCACGCUUAUGGAACCUCACGCUCGCGCGGGCUCCAAAGUCGUCCCCAUUGCGCUUAACAAGGUGUUUCAGCUCAAGGUGAACGGCGUUGCGUUUAGAUUGAUACCGGAGUUUUCUCAAAUACAGAAUGCUCUCAAAGAAAGGGAAAAAUCUGGCUCUGCUUCUAGUGGCUUCUCUGGUGUUCCAGUUUUUCAGGUUUUUCUCUUAGCCUUUUAAGUCUAGACACGUCAUUUGUUUCUUAAUUCUGCUAUUAAAAAUUGAGUAUUCAAGGAAUGUGUCACAACAUUUUAAUACUGCAUUAGUUUUAGGAGAAGGAAGGCUCACCCGAUGUUUGAGGCUCCCACCUAGUUGGGUUUGGGGAAGGUUG